AUGCAAGGUGAAGGUAAGAAGCUUAAGCCUAUCGGAUAUGGUCCCUUUGAGAUCCUGGAAAAGAUUGGUACCAAUGCCUUUCACCUUAAUCUUCCUCCAUAUAUGCAAAUUUACUCAGUUGUAAAUGUAGAAAAUCUGAAGUUGUACGAGCCUCUAAUGAUAUUCGAUGAAGAGGCUAAUAUUCAAGUUCCUUUAGUUGAUGACCUUGCACCUGAGUAUAUGUCAAAGCUUCCAGAGGAUGUCAUCCUAGACAGAAACAUCAGAUCUUCAAAAAGAGGUGGUGUUGAGUACCUUAAAGUGGGACGAAAAGGAAUGCAUCCUGGUAAGGCAAAAUGGAUGGAGAUUGGUAAAGUGAGGGAACUAUACCCUCACCUACUUUCUAAGUAA